CCUUCUUCUGCAAUAGAUUUCUGCAUGUCCCGUAACCCUAUUCUGAAUCUGCACUUCAGAACGAGUUCGCGCCCGUCCAUCUUUACUCUGCAGGUUCUAUAGCGAUCGGUCUCCUUCUAUCGCCAAUCUGGAGCACAAGAGGAGAUUGUUGUGCUGAAUUUUCCAUUGAUCCACGUCGUAGUUUUGUGAUUUUCAUUUCUCAUUACCGCCUUUUACGAUGGCAGACAAGGAGGAGGUGAUGGCUGAUGCGUCCGCCGUGGAGGAGGCCCCUGCGCCGGGAGAGCCUAUGGACAUUCUCACCGGGCUGCAGAUGGUGUUGAAGAAGGCGCUGGCGCACGACGGACUCGCCAAGGGGUUGCACGAGAGCGCCAAAGCCAUUGAGAAGCACGCCGCGCAGAUGUGCGUGCUGGCGGAAGAUUGCAACCAGCCUGAUUACACGAAGCUGGUGCAGGCGCUCUGUCAGGAGCACAAUGUAAACCUGGUCUCGGUCCCCAGCGCUAAGAAGCUCGGCGAGUGGGCGGGUCUGUGUAAGAUCGAUUCCGAGGGGAAGGCGCGGAAGGUUGUGGGAUGUUCCUGCGUCGUUGUGAAGGAUUACGGGGAGGAAACCGAGGGCUUGAACGUCGUGAGAGAGUAUUUCAAAAACCAGUAGUAGGGCUUAAUUUUGUUUUGUUUUAUUUCCCCGCGAAGGUGACAAUAGCUGCCAACCCAUUUAAUUGUUCAUUCUAGCAUGUAUUGUCCUAGAAUCAGAUCUGGUUCCCUCGCUCUCUCUCAUGCUUCGCCGGUUCUUUCUUAAUUACGCAAUUCUCUCUGAUCUGCUUGUGGAAACACUGUGAAUUGCAUUGCUAGUCCUUUCUACGAGUGCGUGGAUUGAUUUGGGGUUUCUUCUGAAACUGUUUGUUUUGUUUGUUUUUAGUUUUAAAAAUCUGAGUCAAGGUUUGGGGACCAAUUUCGAGGUUUAGGGUUGUGGACAAUUGAUCCAUAGAAGUUCGAUACAUUGGAAUCGGUUCUUUUUAUGGACCACCUGUUUCGACAAUAGAAAACCAUCUUUAGUUAA